AUGUCUCACUUUACCUGCAUGCACGUUUAUUGGCGUCUGUUCGUUUCGUUUCGUUCUUUCGUUCGUUCAUCUCAUCUCAUUCAAGAAACGCCAAGUGCCGUUCUGAAGUUUAAAAUAUUAGUACCAAAAUCUUUUGUUCUAGAUGAAUGUGCCUGGCAGUGGGUACCUGCAUCGGAAAAGCCGACGGGCGGAAAAAUUAUGAAACGAAACGAAACGAAACAAAACGAAACGAAUUUCGAAGACGAGAGAAAAACAAAAAUCAAUCGCGGCGGCCACGGCGAUAUGAAACGGAAACGUUAUUUAUAA